AUGUUCUUGUUGAGUUACAACCAAGCACGUUAUGUCUCUCUGCGGCCUCCUCACGGCCCGGACAGUGACAUCGACGAUCCGGAGAGUACGGCCGAGAAAAGGACGAAUAUAACGAAAAGGCCUUCUCUUUUCGUAAUUAUCAUCUUUGGCAUCUUUCUCUUUGCAAUCGGCUUCUUGAGCGGCGAGUUUAUCCAGGACAGAGGCCUUAUCGCCAAGCUCAACCAACCACAGAAUUCAAGGUGCCAAGCUCCUUCAAUCCGCCGCGAAUGGCGCAGUCUCGGGAGCGAUGAAAAGGCCGAUUACAUUAGUGCUGUGAGAUGUCUACUGUCAAGGCCGUCAAAAGUGACGGCAGGCAGCUCGUUGUAUCAUGACUUCCCUCUUCUACAUUCUGUAGUGGGUGGUGUUUCUCACAAUACUGCCCUCUUUCUCCCCUGGCACCGCUAUCUGCUCCAUGUCUACGAGACCGAGUUGAGAAGCACGUGCAGCUACAACGGAAGCUUAACGUACUGGGACUGGAGCCUGGACUGGGAAUCUCUCGCCGAUUCUCCCGUAUUUUCGAACACCACGGGGUUUGGCGGUAAUGGUGAUUCAUCCGCGCCCGAAUCUGUCGGUGGCGGUCACUGUGUUACAGAUGGGCCUUUCUACGAUCUGAAGCUCGCCAUUUUCGGUUUGGAAGAAGACAGACACUGUCUCUCGCGUGGCUUUGCUGAUGGCAAUGUCAUGGGCCGUCUGAAUGGGGACAAGGUAAAGCCCGCUGUGAUUGAGGAGAUUCUUCGACAGCCAGACUAUGCCAGCUUUUUCGGAAAGCUUGAGGACGGCCCUCACAACCAGAUCCCGAAUGGCAUCCAGGGCGAUUUCAUCAAGUUCACGGCUCCCAAUGAUCCGCUUUUCUUCCUGCAUCACAGCCAACUGGACAGAUUAUGGUGGAUGUGGCAGCAGCGCAAUCUGCGCGCACGGCUCAGUGACUACGGGGAAACCAAAAAAGACAAGGUUGUGACACAGGCUUCCCUAAGUGAUGCGAUAUCAAUUGGGGGAAUCAUGGCACCUGAUAUCCACGUCUCUGAUGUGAUGAGUACCGAGUCGGACUUGCUUUGCUAUAGAUAUUAG